UGGUUUCAGCCUGAAGGAGCCCGAGGGAUUGCCGGGUGGCCAGCCGGAGACACGGGGAGCAGGAUUGGGAAGCACAGCGGAGCGGGUGCUGCGGGGGUGGCGGAGAAGAUGGCAAGCAGCCCCGAAAAAAGUGCCUCUGCCCAGGAGCUGAAGGAGCAGGGGAACCGGCUCUUCCUCAACCGCAAGUACCAGGAAGCGGCAGUCUGCUACAGCAAAGCUAUUAACCGGAAUCCCUCGGUGGCAGUGUACUACACCAACCGUGCUCUGUGCUACGUGAAGCUGCAGCAGCACGACAAGGCCCUGGCUGACUGCAAGCAUGCGCUGGAGCUGGACAGCCAGUCAGUGAAGGCACACUUCUUCCUGGGCCAGUGCCACCUGGAGCUGGAGAACUAUGACGAGGCCAUCGGCAACCUACAGAAAGCCUACAACCUGGCUAAGGAGCAGCGGCUGAACUUCGGGGACGAUAUCCCUGGAGCCCUCAGGUUAGCAAAGAAGAAACGCUGGAACAACAUCGAAGAGAAGCGCAUCAACCAGGAGAACGAGUUGCACGCCUAUCUCACCAAACUCAUCCUGGCAGAGAAAGAGAGUGAACAAGCAGACUUCAGAGAAAAACAAGAUAACUUGGAAGACAACAGAUGCAGGAAUGAAUUAGCAAAGAUUGAAGCAAAGCAUGAUAAAUAUCUGUCGGACAUGGAAGAGUUGUUCUCUCAAGUAGAUGAAAAAAGAAAGAAGCGGGAUAUCCCUGAUUAUCUGUGUGGAAAGAUCAGCUUUGAGUUGAUGAGAGAGCCCUGCAUUACCCCCAGUGGAAUCACGUAUGACCGCAAAGACAUAGAGGAGCAUCUACAGCGAGUUGGACACUUUGACCCUGUGACCCGGAGUCCCUUAACCCAGGAUCAGCUGAUCCCAAACCUGGCUAUGAAGGAGGUGAUCGACGCCUUUAUCUCAGAGAAUGGCUGGGUGGAAGACUAUUGACCUGCAGGGUUCAAGACAAACCGAGAUACCCUCCUGGAUUUGCACUUUAACCCAGUGGCCGUGUGAUAGACUGCCUUAUGAAGCACGAGUCCCCUGGAAUCUCUCAUUUUACCAUUGUUUUAAUCUGCUCUCAAAGGCUGGGAGCUGAUCCCAAUGGAAAAAUAUAAUAUGUACAAAAUAGCAUACAAAAAAUCAUAUGGUACUGGUGGCUACUACAAAUUGUUUUGAAUGGCCUUGUCAGUAAUACGCUUUAUUCUUUUUAUGUGCACUGAGCACCAUUUCACAGAGUCUACUUGACUGUUUGUUUUAUUAGUCCUUAGAACUUGUUUAGCAUCCAGAUCCUGGUAGGUGCCAGUUUUCAGUCCUAGCUAUUGCGUUCACUUGUCGGGCUGGGGUUUUUGGAUUGGGCCACUAUUUCUUUUUUUUUUUCCCCCUGUGAUUCAGCCACCUAACUGCAAAUCAUGGUUACAAGUAUCAGCACCCACAGAAAAUGGAGCUCUUUAAAUUUUGUUACUGUUUGAGGGGAGAAACUGGAUAAGUGAUGAGCUAGUCUGCGUCCCCACCACUAGAACCACACUGAGCUUCCCCAGAAAGCGAUGUUUUCCACUUACAGCAGAAGUUGUUUUAUUAAAAAAGCUAUUGUACACUUUGCUGCCUUCAUCCCGUGAGAUUUAAAGAACACAAGAAAUAGGCUGUGGAGUGGAGUGGAGUGGAGUGGAGUGGAGUGAGCAUGAGGGGGUUGGGGUUGGACAUAUUGUAUUGUGUAUGUAUGAAGAGUUUGAAAACUCAACUAUCUUUUCUUCAUUGGCAUUCAUAAAGCUAUGGCAUCACAGUAACAACACUGUAAUGUAGCACUGUAGUGGUUUUGCUGUUUUGCAUUUGUGUCCCACACUUGUGUGGUACUAAUAACGUCUAAGUACAGUUUUCUGAAGGCUUAUCUCUGGGUUACUGGGCUAUUAAAGUGAUUGUAGCUAACACAAUAA